GAGCAUGCGAAAGACGAUCUGAGAAGAUGCGUUGACGCCCUUUUCAUCACGAAUCCAGAUAUCGACAAGCAGGAAAUCCUCGAUUCAACAGGAGGCCUAGUUGAGGGAACCUGCGAAUGGAUUCGAUCCGAGGACAAGUGUCGAACGUGGCUGGAGUCUGAAGAGUCAGAAUUGUUAUGCAUAUUCGGUGGCCCCGGGGAAGACGAUGCUCUCCAUUUUCCUUAUUGGAGAGUUUCAGGGUCUCACGCAAUCUUCGUCCGGAAAUCUUGUGUACCACUUUUGCGAUCGCCACGAUCCAAGAAAUACGGCGAAAUUAGUCCUACGAACCUGGCUUCACGACACUUUAUAAGAAAUUCGGCUCUCGCAAAACAUGCUGCUAAAUGCAUGAUGGCCACAGGGAAAAUGGAGUACGCAUUGGGGUCUCUCGGUACUCUAUGGCAAAUCUUCGCCCACACAUUGAAAGAUCCCGACCUGGAUCCUCUUUACUGCGCUCUUGAUGGGCUCGACGAGUGCCCCGAAGGCGAUAAGAAAUGGCUUGUCGGAAAGAUUCAGACUCUCUUCGAAAACCGCUCUGGAGCUUGCCAUCAGUCUCCCAAUAUCUCAAAGAUCGUCACUCUCAGCGGUGGUAUUGGAGGCGUUCGAGGUUCUCAUUACUUGAACUUAGACCAAUGUUCAGGUAGGGCGCUACGGGCCUUGUAUCCUGGUCUCAACUACGGUCCGAGGUGUCCUGGUGAGCGUCAAGACGACGUUUGGCUGGUGAUCAAAGCCAGGCUUGGAACCCAUGCGAAGGCUGCCUUCAUGCUUGACGAGAUCGCAUCGAAGAAAUCAAAAUCAGAGAUGUGGAAGACGCUCGAAAAAGCGCCACGUGGUCUUCAUCCCGUUUACUCACGCCUUCUCUCCCAGAUAGACGAUGAGUCUCGCAUAGAGAUAGCUGAAAUAGUCCGAUGGAUGGCUCAGGCUCAAGAGCCUCUCACAACGCGGCAGCUCAGCAAUGCUCUUUAUCCCGACACAAAACACCGCAAAGAGGCUGACGAGGCUUUUGGAAGGAUCCGGGAUCUAGACUGGAACGACUGGGACGGUCGUCCAAGAAAUAAAAACAACAACUACGUUGUUUUGUAUCAUCGGUCAAUCGCGGAUUAUCUCCUGGAGAUUAACGUCCACGACGCUGACUUGGAUCCGAAGAUCAAGACUUUUCACAUCACACCAGAGAAAACACACUACAAAAUUGCCAAAAGGUGCCUCGAUGAUCUCCACGCUAGGUUUGAGCACCUCGAGGACAUUUACUACCGCUCCGAAUUGAACUGGAAACUUGAAGCAGAUAGACCCGGUUUCGCGGUGUGGUUCAAGUAUGCGAGAAGUCAUUGGCCAACACAUGCGAGGCUGUGUGGCGAG